GUAGACGCGCCAAAGAAGAGAGACGUGGGGAUACCCAUUGCAGUAGUAUAUACAGCAUGUACACACGUUAAGGCCGUAGAGUUGGUUAUUAUGUAGCCGAUAUGCCUCGGAAGCAAUUAAUACUAUUGUUAUGAUUCAGUCGGGUACGUCAUGUGUGUUCUUCGGUGAUGCGACGCGAGCCUUCGGUCAGUGUUCUGCCACAAAGACUGGUGGUAACUCACUACGGUCGGAAACACUUUAAUAACAUCCUGAAGGAUGUGGAAGUCGUUAAUGCGGUUCAAUUUCGUUUAGUGUCGUUCCUGUUACAAUACCAACGUAAAUGUGUCAAUGAAAGAGUGAUACUUAAUGGGAUUUUUUAAAAAUAAAUACUUGCAAUGCAUGGUUCGGCCUGGAAUACUUUAUACAAAACGUACACUGUCCUUCGGACAUCUUGAGUGCUUUUAAAUGAUAUCCUGAGACGUGAGGCAUUUCUCAGUACGAUGGUCAACUCUGUACCUGCUGUAACAUCAAUAUACACGUAUUGAUAAAAGAGUGAUAUCAAAUUUAUUAUUAUAUAGGUUUUUUCUUAAUAAAGAUUGACAGUACCGUUUUAAAAUGAUGAAACAGAAGGCAUGUAAUAUAGCAGCAGGGACUUAAACGUAUGGUAAUCGCACCUCUGUGAAUGUGUGAACGACUAGCUGUAGUGACUCAAUCUGUUGGGAAGGAAACAAUGAUAACAUUGAACAUUCGUGAAAACCGUGCCACGAUCCUUUGACUCUUUCAUGCAGCAAAAGGAAGCGUUCAUGACGUAGGGAAGGACUUGGCAACAAGUACCGAUAUUCUGGAGAUAUAGAAGCGUAAAUGUAUAAGAGAUAUAGGAACGAUAAUAUGUCGAAUGACAAUCUUGUUGAAAAGGAUACUUUGAAACAGAAUAAUACUUCCAAUCAAGAUGACAGGACAAUGAACGAGAAACAUGGAAGAAGAAGUACUAUCUGCAGAUACAGAAGUAGCGAGGAAAUUAUUGGAAAAGCGGAUAAAUUUACGCAGAUCGACUUCGUCCAGUUGCCUCAGAGCACACAGAGGACGAGGCCGGCUUCUUCCUAUUUAUCUAGGCAAUUUCAACUGGGUGACACAAAUUAUUCCUAUUAUAAUUCCAGAAGUACCUUGUGUGCAUCACAAAGUGAAUUGGUUCUGUCACCUAGGAACAGAACGAAUCGUUAUGUAGCUUUAGAUAUGAGAUCGAUGGGUAGCCUUCCAUUUUCAAGUCAACACGCGAACAGUCAUAUCUCAGGAAGUAAUAUACCAUACACAUGUUGCUGUACAUGUGCAGGACCUCAGGUACCACCAACACCAUCUUCUCCUCCCGUAGAAGAGCAUGAUGGUCCUGAAGGCCUCUCAUGGAGAAGACUUCAUAUGAGCAGAGCUAAAUUGAAAGCAACUGCAACGACAUCAGAAUUGUUAAGUGGAUUUGCGAUGGUGGCUAUGGUAGAACUGCAAAUAAACGACCCCAAUCAGGUACCAGAAUGGCUAUUCGUGAUGUUCGCUGUUUGCACAACCGUCUUAGUAUCAGUACACAUCUUUGCUUUAAUGAUAAGCACAUAUUUGUUACCCAAUAUCGAAGCCAUUAGUAAACUUCAGGUAUCACGACUGGUAACGGAAUCCCCGCAUGAGAGAAUGCGUGGUUUUAUAGAGCUAGCCUGGGCGUUUUCCACGGUGCUAGGUUUGUUUCUAUUUUUAGUAGAAGUAGCUAUACUAUGCUGGGUGAAAUUCUGGGACUACUCUUUCACAGCUGCAACUGCCAGUACCAUCAUAGUGAUUCCAGUUCUUAUAGUCUUUAUAGCUUUCGCCGUUCAUUUUUAUCAUUCAUUGGUAGUAUAUAAGUGCGAAUCCUCUGUGACUGACAUGAACGAAUUAGAGAGCAUAAAACGGAAUUUAGAUAACGUCACAAUGGGACAGAGCAGCGUGUAAUUCACAGUAUUGUAUAAGAACUUCAGUUUCUGUAAAAAAAUUUGUCAUCUUUCACAUUGCACAAAAUUAUAGAGCAGGAACUGAAUAUGUUGUUGGUUCUUAAAAUAUACAGCAGACUGUAACAUCAUUCAUUUAUGUUCACAUUAUCAUAACCACUGGAAAAUAAAAAUUGUACUUAAAACAA